UAGUAGGUUAUGAUGUAUCGAAAGAUGGUGAAGAAGCUAUCUGAAGUACGUGUACGUGAUGUCGGAAUAUUACCAGAAGGUCGCAGAAUCGAAUCCUGAUGACUAUUACUUGGAUAGAGAAAAAUUAUUUGAAUGGCUUUAUGAAGAUUAUGUGCAAGCACUAGAUUCAGAAAUUAUUGAAGAGCGUAACUGUGGCAUUGCUUCUUCAGCAAUUAUUUUAAAUAUUCUUUGGUUAGAUGAUUAUUUUCCUGAAGAUCUUCAAGAUUUUUGGAAGCAAAUAUAUAGACCAAUACUUCUCUUAUAUGUUGAUAAAUUAAAACAAAAUAAAAUAGAAAUAAUUCAAAAUUAUUUACAUAAAUUUUUAUCUAUGCUUCUAAAACUAAAUUAUUUUAUCAAACAAAUUUAUGAGACAAGAGAUAAAGACAAAGAUGUUAAAAAAGAUAUUUUGAAUGAAGUGGUAUGUAUUAGGGCUGGAUUUUCUUCAGCUUCCGCCUUUCGAUUUUUUGGCCUCUUCCGUCAAAAAUACAUCACCUACUUCUUCCUAAAAUUCUUCCUAAAAUUUUUCCCGGCUACGCGAAAAAAUGAAAAAAUAUGGCCUCUUAGCCUUAAAAAUUCUAAAAAUUUUUGCUUCAGCGCUGAAAAGGAAGAAAUUUGCUAA